UUACUUUUGCAAAUAACCACUGUAAUACCUAUCUAUAAAAAGUUUACAAAGUUGUUAUGUUCUUAUCCGAUAUAAAGUAAUAAACUAUUUCCGUUGAGACCCUAUUUAGAUCAAUCAUUCCUAAAUAAAAUUGCAUUGUUACAUCUAUGAAUAUUCGUUAUUUAUAUUUACUAUUGUCUUAAGCUUACAUGAGAUACAAUGUCUCAACCGGCGGAGGACAAAAGUAUUAAUGAUAAGAAGAAACCAGAUUCGGCUUGUAAUACGGUAAAUGUAGUGGUGUUUUUAACUGCAGUAGUGGUUGGCAUCUUUUCCUAUUAUGUAUACAAUACAAUUAGAACACCUCCAAAAGUUCCACAAUUCGACAUUGACCAAUGGUGGGGGCCAUAUCCUAUUAAUUUGAAGCGUGAUUUAUCUAUUCGACCAUUCAAAAUAGAGUUUACGGAUGUUAUUGUAAAUGAUUUAAAAGAGCGCCUCCUCCACCGACGCGAGUUUAUUCCACCUCUAGAUGAUGCUGGGUUCACAUAUGGAUUUAACUCCCAUUUUCUGAAUGAAGUUCUAAACUACUGGCAGAAUAAAUACAAUUUCAAGGAUCGAGAGCAGUUCCUAAAUAAAUAUAAUCAUUUCAAGACAAACAUUCAGGGGUUGGAUAUUCAUUUUGUACAUGUAAAACCAAAAGUUACUGAAGAAUAUGAAGUUGUGCCCUUACUUUUGCUGCAUGGAUGGCCAGGAUCAUUCCGUGAGUUCUAUGAGAUGAUACCAAAGCUAGUCACCCCUCGGCCGGGAUAUAAAUUCAUUUUUGAACUCAUUAUACCCAGUCUACCUGGAUAUGGUUAUUCUCAGGCACCAUCUCGUCGCGGUUUGGGUCCAGCGGAAAUAGCAAUCAUAAUGCGUAAUCUAAUGCAUCGCAUCGGACACAAGCAUUAUUACAUACAAGGCGGAGAUAUUGGACAUAAUGUCGGCUCCAUUAUAGCGACACUCUUCCAAGAUGAAGUCCUCGGUUUCCACACCAAUAUGCCGAUUUUGUUGUUCCACCCGAUCGCCACUGUAUAUACCCUGUUAGGUUCGUUUUGGCCUCGCCUUGUAGUAGAAGCAGAGCUGAAAAACCGCAUGUACCCUAUUGGUCAGCAUUUUCAGAGACAACUUGAAGAAUCUGGCUAUUUGCACAUACAGGGCACCAAGCCGGAUACAAUUGGCGCUGCACUCACGGACUCGCCGACUGGUUUAGCCGCAUACAUCCUAGAAAAGUUUUCAACCUGGACCAAUAAUGAAUACAAAAAGGCGGCAGAUGGCAAACUCCUAAUGAAAUACUCAUUGACACAUUUAUUGGACAAUGUGAUGAUAUACUGGGCGACCAACAGUAUUACAACCAGUAUGAGGUUGUACGCCGAAUUUUGUAGCAAAAGGAAUAUGGCGUUGAAAUUAGAUGAGAUACCAACAAAUGUGCCAACAUGGGGUAUUAAAUUCAAACACGAGUUGAUGUUCCAUCCUGAUUCCUUACUUCGCCUGAAAUAUAAAAAAUACUUACACAGCACUAUAGUCGAAGAUGGUGGACACUUCGCUGCGUUAGAGAUGCCGGAUAUACUGGCCGAUGACAUCUACAAGGCUGUAGAUACAUUUAUCGAGUAUCAUAAUAUUCAAAAUGCAAAACAAGAAUUGCAACUCCAGCCGAAUUAUGAAAAAGCAAAAACUGUAUACGAGUUCACAGCGAAGAAUAUAGAUGGCAAAGAAGUAAAAUUAGAGAAAUACAAGGGGCACGUCCUAGUGAUAGUCAAUGUUGCGUCACAAUGUGGUCUUACAGACGUCAACUAUGAACAACUGAAUCAAUUGUAUGAAAAAUACGCUAUUACGAAAGGCCUACGUAUACUGGCUUUCCCCUGUAACCAGUUCAAUAGCCAAGAACCAGGGACACAUAGAGAGAUAUUCAGUUUCGUCAAGAAGAGAGACGUGAAAUUCGAUGUGUUCGAAAAAAUUGACGUAAACGGCGACAACGCUCAUCCACUGUGGCAGUUCUUAAAGCGAACCCAAAGUGGUAUUUUCGGGGAUUUCAUUAAAUGGAAUUUUUCGAAGUUUAUCGUCGACAAGAAUGGUGUACCAGUUGAAAGGCUUGGCCCCAAUGUAAAUCCGGUCGAUUUAGAGCCCCUCUUGGCUAAAUACUGGUGAUGUAAGUUCAAGUGAAGUUAUCAAAAUGUUUCAAAUCUUGUGAUACAAUAUGCCUUAGUAUAUUAAUAUGUUAAUGUCACGCCAAAUUGUAGAUAUUAAGUAUAGAUAUAUAGACUGUAUAGUAACAGGCAUACUAAAUAAUACUAUAGAUUACGAAGUCUCAGUGAUUUUGUUUAAUAAAACUACUAUGUGAAAAUAUCACUUAAAACUAUUAGAUUGAAUUUGUGUUCAAAAACAUAGGGAUAGGACGUAUGCUUGUUUGCCAUCGGACAACCACUAAAAAGACAGUUAUCACUAUUAUUAUGUUACAGCGCACGGUGUGUAAGUUUUAAGCAUAUAUUUUAAUAAUUCAAUAUACCUACUCAGUUAAAAGUGUUCAUUAAAGCAUAUAUUAUUAAUGAAUGUAUACUAUUUUAUAUACUCGUUGUUUAUUAAAUUA